GUGGUAACCUGCAGGAACAACGCAGUCCGCACGUGUCGUGGACAAACGGAUCGAUCGAAAUGGCAGUUGUGUACGAACGGUGUCCGCGUGAAAAACCAUUAUGUGCUUCAGCACCGGACUCGGGAUCGAAUAGUCGUCAUGAAUGAUCGCCACGACGAUGGACACGAAACGAUUGUUGGCAUUAUUUUGGUUGUUGGCACUAACAAGCGGCCGAAUAAUAAACGAUGAGCACACUAAACGUAGUAUGGCAAACAAAAAUCUAACUACAAAAUCCCUUAGCGAUGAAAACGAUUUAAGCCCUCGAAGUUAUGGGUUUAAAGAUUCCGAGAAUGAACCGAAACCGGUUGUAUCCAAAACCAGGAUGCCUACAGCAUCGUCAAAAUUAGUAUCACAAACGAUUCGUGAACCUGAAAUGGACGAUUAUGGUGAAUCAGAAAAAUUAGCACUGAAUAUACCGGAAGACACGGAUUCGUUAGAAAAACUUAAUGAACAUGAAAAUAUGGAAGAUCCGGAAAAUAAAGAUUUCGAACGAGUGAAAAAAGUAAAAGAGAUUUCAUCGAUCAUCUCGUUGAAACCAAAAGAACGUAACAAAGCUCUAGAUCCAAUAACUGAUCAGCAAAAUUACGCUCCAAAGCGAUUCGUCCGUCCUUUGAGGGACUUAAGUAUUAUCGUCAGAAAACCAAAUCAUCCAAUACUUAUAGCCCGACAAGUACCCAUUCAUUGGAUACCACACCACCACCACCGUCAUCACCAUCAUCCUAGAAAGCCGCAUAAGCCUUAUCCACCGUUAAUGCCUAAACACAAACCGUGCAAACCAUGUGAUCCAAAAGUUCAUAAAAAACAUCCGCACAAACCGAAAAAACCUAAGAAACCGAAAAAGAAGCCGAAAAAGAAACAUUGUCAUCAUCCCACUCCUAAGAAGCCGCACCAUAAGAAAUUAAUAUAUUACGCUCCCAUUCCCACGAACUAUUAUUAUGGGACUCGAAAUCCAGUGAAAUUGACACAAGAGAGUAACACUUACGCUGUGGAAGAGAGCCCAGAAUACGAAGAUGUUGAAAGUGAGCCAGAAAAACCGUUCCACCAAGAAAUAGAAGACGACGUAGAAGAACAUAGAUUAGCAGAGUUGAGUGAACCUUUUGAAGAAAACGACCCUUCCGAAAGCGUGAUAAGAUAACUGAGGAACAACAACAAAACAAUGUUGAAUAUAAGUAUAAAUGUAAUAGAAACUUACAUAUCAUAUAGCAGUACGUUUCAAGGAAACUUCUGUAAAUUUAUUUCAAGUAUGUUUCUAUUUGAUAUAUAGAGUAAUUUAAAGCUACAGGUUGAAAGCUCAAACAUUUGUAAUUUUAUUGAAAUAAUUAAAUGUAUUCCAAACU